CAAGUAUGUAUGGAGGGGUUUGUUAUUUUUGUGCAUGUGGGGAUUUUUUAAGCAUAUUUGAUUGCUUCCUGUGGCAGUAACUGUGCGUCUACAAUCCCUUCCUGAGUAACGUGAUUGCUGUACAACAGUCUGAGUCCAGACUGUGCUGCGGUUUCAUGUUACAGGUUAUCUGCCUUAAAAUAACAGAAGGCCUGAGCGUUUGAGUCAGUUUAAAAAAAACUGCCCCCGCUAUUGGUAGGGACGCAACAGGAUCACAGCCAAGGCUUGCCUGCCUUUUCUGCCAAAGCCUGUGUCAGAUUUAAGACACAUGCUUCUGCGAGCUUCCAUGAAGGUUGUGAAAAAAGUUUUAAUCCAAAGAUGGGUUGGGGUUUUCUGUAGCUCCAAACCUUGGUGGCCACACUGCCUCCUUACCAAGGGACCUGGGGCGUAGGGUGGAGAGAUGUUUUAAAUUUGCUGGACGUGAAAUGGAUAGAGUGCACUUAACAAAUUCAGGUAGAAGAUACGUCCACUUCUUGAUCGUUUUUUGAGAGCAUGAGAACAUUUUACAUUUUUUUUUUCUCUCUCUCUCCUCCCCCGACAAGAUUGUGCAAAAAUGUACCUUGCCUAAUUGAAGUCAUUUCAUUGGAUUUUGAUCACAACUAUUUGUUUUUCCAUGUGAGGUCUUGGGGUUUCCAACUUUCUGGAGAAGAAAUGCCUUUUGAAGCAAUUUUCUCUAUCUGCCUGAUGUCAACUGCUUGCUAAUCAGUGGAUAUUAAAAUAUUCAAAAUGUACAGACAGUGGGCAGUGGCGAAUAUUUUCAUGAUGUCUUACCUGCAGCUGGUACAGGGCUUCAGUUAUGAACACGGACCGGUUAAGCGGGCAUCUCGGUCCAUGUUAGAACGAUCUGAGCAGCAGAUUAGGGCUGCCUCUAGUUUGGAGGAACUGCUGCGAAUCACGCACUCUGAGGGCUGGAAGCUGUGGAGAUGCCGACUGAAGCUCAAAGGUCUCACCGGCAUGGACUCUCGCUCAGCAUCUCAUCGGUCCACCAGGUUUGCGGCAACUUUCUAUGACAUUGAAACACUGAAAGUUAUAGACGAGGAGUGGCAAAGAACCCAGUGCAGCCCUAGAGAGACGUGCGUGGAGGUGGCCAGCGAGCUGGGGCAGAGCACCAACACCUUCUUCAAGCCGCCCUGCGUGAACGUGUUCCGGUGUGGCGGCUGCUGCAAUGAAGAGAACCUCGUCUGUGUGAACACGAGCACCUCGUACAUUUCCAAGCAGCUCUUUGAGAUAUCAGUACCUUUGACAUCAAUACCUGAAUUAGUGCCUGUAAAAGUUGCCAACCAUACGGGCUGUAAGUGCUUGUCAACAGCUCCCCGCCAUCCAUACUCAAUUAUCAGAAGGUCCGUCCAGCUCUCUGAAGAAGAUCGAUGUCCCCAUUCCAAGAAACUCUGUCCCAUCGACAUGCUAUGGGAUGGCAACAAAUGUAAAUGUGUUUUACGAGAGGAGAAUCCCCUCGGAGGAAUGGAAGAGCACUCUCAUCUCCGGGAACUGGUGCUCUGUGGGCUGCAUAUGAAGUUUGACGAAGAUCAUUGCGAGUGCGUCUGUAAAGCACCGUGUCCCCGAGAUCUCCUCCAGCACCCAGAAAACUGCAGUUGCUUUGAGUGCCGAGAAAGUCUGGAGAGCUGUUGCCAGAAGCAGAAGAUAUUUCACCCAGACACCUGCAGCUGUGAGGACAAAUGUCCCUUUCACACCAGACCAUGUGCAAAUGGAAAACCAGCGUGUGCAAAGCACUGCCGCUUUCCAAAGGAGAAGAGAGCUGCCCAUGGGCUCCAAAGCCGAAAAAAUCCUUGA